GUUUUCCUCUGAAAAAGUGUGCAUGGGUGGUCUUUUUAAUUGAUGUUUGUUUGCCGCUACGCUAGUAGCAAGGAUAUUGUUUCCAACAUACGCCUUUGGUUCCAAGAAGUCUUUGAGUUCUGCACAAGCUUCGCUUCGAAACAGCAUCCGGAACUGCAUCCAUACAUUACUCAAAUUAUGAUUAACUUCAAAACACAGGAAUGCAGCCGUCGCCACCCUCUACCGAUUACUGAAGUUAAGUUAGCCCAGAAAUCUAAAUAAAGAAGUGAAAAAAGUGUAAGUUUAUGAUUUCAUCGUCACUACAAUUGUUUGUGAACUACAAGUAAAAUAACAUGCGUGGGUGUACGCGGCAAUAGGUCGCAAGUAUAAAGCUCGUGUUUUGCUUCUCCGGAGCACCCAGCAAUUAGUAAUUAGCCAAUUGAUAUGCACAUCAGGAGUCGCUACUGCAAAAUUGUACUGGUCUAUUCAUUUGUGAGCGGUCAGUGGUGCAUUGGAGGCUAGAAACUGAACUGAGGAAAUCGCCGAUGAUACAAGGAAGGACAGGAGCAAAUGGUCGAACUUAUACCAUUAUUGACACUACUGCCCCUUGUUGGUGUAAUUAGUUUUCUCGCUUCAGUAGUAGCAAAUCGGCACUGAACCUUCCAUGAGUCGAUCUUUACGUUGCGUUAAGAUGGCCCUCUCCGUAUUCGUUUCUCUACUGAUGGUAGUCGCCCUUCUUGAUACACCAGUAAAAGCCAAAGAAUUUACCCCGUCGACGAAUUUGAUAACGCCAGUGGACUCACCGCGGCUGGAAUCGAUCAAUGGGACGCAAAACUUUCGCAUGCACGGCAAAAAGGGCAAAGAUGAUAAAACUUGGUUCGACGGUCGCGAAAUGCGGUACAUCUACUGUGUUCGUCCCGCCAAGUGUGAACCGAUUCGACACAAAUCCUGCCUAGGGUCGUCCCUGCCAUAUUCGUCGAUCAGUUUGGACCUAACGGAUUCCUUCAGCCAAGAGCAGACUCACGAUAAAUUGUACCAGUACAAUGCGCUGCGCCAUGUCCCAAAAUGUUGGGCAGUUAUUCAACCGUUCCUGUGUGCGGUUUUUACACCCAAGUGUGAGAAAAUCAACGGUCAUGACAUGGUAUACCUACCGUCACUGGAAAUGUGCAAGAUUACGUUGGAACCGUGCCGACUUUUGUACAAUACAAGCUACUUUCCGGAGUUUCUCAAAUGCAAUGAAACUCUUUACCCGUCCAAGUGUAACAAUGACGUCCGAGAGGAGAUGAAAUUCAACGCUACAGGCCAAUGUUUGAAACCACUGGUUUCCGCUGAUUCCUCCGCGAAUUACUACAAAGAUAUCGAAGGUUGUGGUUUGCAAUGCAAAGAUCCACUGUUCACCGACGACGAACAUCGACAGAUACACAAACUAAUUGCUUGGGGAGCGGGGGUGUGUCUCACCUUCAAUUUAUUCACAAUCGCUACUUUUGUGAUUGACUGGAGAAACACGAAGAAGUAUCCGUAUGCGUUAGUGAUCUUCUACAUUAAUUUUUGUUUCAUGGUGUCAUGUAUGGGGUGGCUUGCCCAGUUUACUCCGGGCGGUUGGGAAGACAUUGUGUGUCGUAAGGAUGGAACACUGCGCAGCUCGGAACCCAGUGCCGGUGAGAAUUUGUCCUGUAUAAUCGUGUUCAUUUUGGUGUACUAUUUUCUGAUAGCGGCAAUGGUUUGGUUCGUAAUAUUUACGUACGUGUGGCACCGUUACUUCAAAGCUAUCGGUAAAAUUCAGGACCGUUCAAUACGGAAGAAUGGCUCCUAUUUCCACCUGAUAGCUUGGUCCCUUCCGUUGGUGCUCACAAUCACGAUCAUGGCUCUGAGUGAAAUUGACGGAAACAGUACGGUGGGAAUUUGCUUCGUAGGGUAUUUGAAUCAUCCGAUUCGGGGAGGGUUUCUGCUUGGGCCGGUGAUUUGCGUAUUAUUUAUCGGAGGAUAUUUCCUCAGCAGAGGGCUUGUGACUUUGAUUAAGUUAAAGAUUUCCAGCAAAGAGAUUAUACCGGCUCGUUUCAAUAAAAAGAUUAGACAGACAAUUGUACGAAUGGGCAUUUGCACGGUUUUUACUUUUGUAUUUAUCUUUGCGACAAUAUGCUGCCAUGUCUACGAGUUUAGAAAUAGUGAGAGCUGGGCUGCGGCUUUGAAGAACUACAUAAUUUGUCAGAUUUCGUCCACUUACACAGAUGUGACCAGUUCGUGCAAGAUUCACCAUCGACCGAGUGUAGCAAUCCUUCAGAUUCAUUUGAUUUGUCUGUUUGCGUCGGGGAUUGUAAUGUCCUCGUGGGUGUGGACCAACUCGACCCUGAAAACUUGGGGUCGGUAUUUUCGGAGGCGCUUCGGAUCCGACAUAGAGGAACCGGUGAAACUACAGAAGCAUAAAGUAAUAGCCCAGGCCUUUGCUAAGCGGAAAGAGUUUCAGGACCAAGGACGGCUAUCCAUUUCGUUUCAUAACUCCUACACAGAUCCGGUUGGGCUGAAAUUUGAUAUGAAUUCAGCAAUGGGAAGUCACGAUCUCAGUUCGACCUGGGCCAACUAUUUGCCAAGAUUUGUCAACAGACGGUACGCACUGACCGGAGCAGCUACCAGCUCUAGUCAUGAUCCGAGGAAAAACUCGGUCGACUCGGAAAUAAGCUUCAGCGUACGGCAUGUCUCGGUUGAAUCAAGGAGAAACUCAAUCGAUUCGCAAGUGUCGGUUAAAAUUGCGGAAAUGAAAACAAAAGUUGCUAGUCGGAGCCGAAGUGGAGCGAGUAGUAGUAAGCAUCAUCAAAAACACAGACAUCAACGAAGGCGUGAUUUCACUGCGUUCGGUCGACGCUAUAGUAGAAAAGAAAGUAGUACUUCUAUGGAAUCACAAAUCAUAACGGCCAUUCAAAAAGGCAGACAUUCGUCUAGUGGUAAUAAUCAAUUCUUUGGUGCCACGAAUAUGCAAAGAAGAACCGGUAUCGGUGGCAUGGAUGCUGAUCAACUGAAUGAUUUCAUUUCGAAUGGAAAAUUAUUGCUUCCAUUUUUGCAUCAAUCUGGUCUGACCUCGUCGGAUGAUGAUAAUGGAUCCAAUACAUCGUUCAAAGUUCAAGACUCAAAAUUUGAUGUGAUACUGAAACAGAUUGGCGGUGCUGGAAGCUCUCACAACAGAACCGAUACGCAUGACGCUGGAUGUCAAAUUGAGGAAUAUCGCUCAAGUGACGACGAAAACUUGGGUCUGAAGCAUUCCGCGCGGGAUGAGUUUCCUGCUAUGAAAGAUGGGCUCAAGAGCAGCAAGGAAGGCGGGCGCAACAGCAAAAACAGUUCAAAGAGUGUGCGCAGUAAAAAAUCAUCCUCGCGCCAAGGAACGAUUCGAAAAUCUCAAAAACAUCCACGAGCUAGUCAGAAAAGCCAGCGUAAUGAGAAGAAAGAAAAAGCCCGCGAGCGAGAGCGAGAAAAAGAGCGCGAGAAGGAAUUGGAACUGAUAGAACGGAACAACAUUGCCGACUUUUAUGAUUCUUCAUUCACUUCCUUCUGUUCAGAGCUAUCACCGCUGAACGUCAACAGUUCCUACUCAGGAGUCUCACUAACCAAAACGAAUUCGCGAAACUCAAAACGUAGCUGUGAUGUUGGAAUCCAAGCUAACGCUGACGAGAUUGCAACGCAAACCAUGUCCUCGUUCGAGUUCAGCGAAAAAGCCAUUAAAAACGAAGAGAACGAAGACAUUUACACCGAGAACCACUCGCUGUUGAGUCCUAAACUAAUACCCCAGGUGGUCAGCGCCGCCCGGAAGCGGGAAUAUGUCGACGUCAGUUUGACAGAAGCUGAAAAACUCAAACUUUUACUGCUUCCAUCCAAGUAAAGCAAUUGUGUGACGAUCACGUAAUCUCACUGUAACGAAAAAUACUCGUUUCGAUGCAUCAGUUCAACGACUUUUUUAUAUAUAUAUAUUACUCAUUGUAUACAAAUGAAACAAUCAAAUUAGAAUACUAGCACCAUAGGUUAUAAAACGGUAAUUAUCCGAUUAGUUUUAAGAACAGUGACUAUAAUAUUACUACGAUAAUCGUAUAUAUUUACCUCGUGGAGGUAGUUGAACCUCAAUAAGAUUCACUUUUGUGAAGAGCGAAAAAUAACAACAACCAGGUGCCUUUUUGCAUAUGAAAAUCAACGAGAACGCAUUUUGUAUUUUUAUGUAUGUGUGUAUUCCGUGCAACUAAUCAAAGAUCAGCAUUUAUUCGUGUCCGUUUGUUAAUGUUGUGCGUUUAUGUACGUCCCCCAAGUAGCAAUUAGGUAUUUUGUGUAUUUGUUUGAAGGACUUAUUUUCAAUUUGAAUGACAGUAGGAUCAAGGGACAUUUAUGCAGUAGCAAGGUAAAGUCGGUUAGCACUCAUCCAAAAAUCAUGUUACGAAUUACAUGACGAAUUUAGAGUAGCGUUUAGGGAAUGAAGAGAAAAUUGGAUACAUUGUUUUUGAUCAUAUUUUGACAAUAUUUUUAGUUGGCACAACUCUGGUGAAUUUCGAGGGUUUUUGUUCUUGGGUAGGAUUUGCACGUUGUGUGAGGAAUACUGCUCCUGAGUCGUUUUCCCGUAGUUACAGGAAGCUUGGCCUUGGUUAUAACUGUGUUUCUUUAAAAAAUGCAACAUUCGUUUUUGCCAACCUGAUAUAAAUAUCCUGAUUGACAGUGUCAGUUGUCAUUAAAAUUUCUCUUUUUAGUCCACAUGUGCAAAUCACCUGCCAAACUAGGUUUUUUUUAUUUUUAUCCUGAACCUUCCCUUUACUGGUAGCCUGGAAGUUGCCUGAAACAUGCCUUGACGUAUGUUUCAUUCUCCAUUACAACACAAUCACACUUGGUCAACAUUGUGGUGUACAAAAUAUGUGCACUUGCUUCAUCUCGACUGGGUGUCACUGGUAGGCUUCUGAUAACUUUGCCAAAUCCGCGUGAGAGCAUUUCGGAUUUUUCUCAUGGGAGAAUAACAAUUUAAUACGCUGUUCCUCUUGCUUCGUUUUUUAUUUUUUCUUCCAAAAGUGCCAAUAAUGCUAAAAAGCCAUAAAAUUUUUCACAAAAAGCUGAUCCUAAAAUGUUUCCUUAUAGAAAAACUUCAUUUUCUCAAACUAAUGUGCUCAUUUUAAUCAAGAAAAUAGGAAGGCAAAAUUGCUACUGACAAAACCCAACAAUAUGUUUGUUUCUAUACUAACUGAAAGAAUAAGGAUUAAGACUGAUUUUAAAAACUGGAGCAAACCAAAAUGGUAUAUGCUUCAAAUCAUGUAUUUGCACAUACAGCCAACUUUCGACAGAAAAGUCGGUAAUCUCAAAUGUGCUAUAAUACGGCCUAACAAAAACUGGAAAUGCUGAACAGUGUGUUUAGCAUAGCGAAAACCAAUGGAUACUAUUUUUAUAAACGCAUUUUUUCGAUAGUGUAGAGCACGGACACAACGUAAUUUAACUCAAACGCAUUUAGCUGAAAGAAGUGGAGCCAACAUAUUUGUCUGUACAUCUUACGUUAGAUUAAAUUGAGGUAAUAUUUUUGAAAGUAUA